GUGCCCUCUUUGGUUUGACACCUUAUUAUCGUAGGCACAAAUUUUUUGUCAAUCAUUUACGUGAAAAUAUUAAAAAAUACAUUGAUAAAAUGGCCGCUCGCGGCGAUAUGGUUGCACAAUUCAUUGAAAUUACCGGCACUGACGACAACACGGCCACGUUCUACUUGAACAGCUCCGAGUGGGACAUAGAGCAAGCUUUGGGCAACUACUGGACCACCCAAAGUGACAUGCCACCCACUCCGACAACUGGGCAGUCGAACGAACCAUCGCCAACUACACCCGUGGCACCAACUUCUAGCAGUGGCACAGCCACCGCAGCAGCAGCCACCACCAAAAGCGCCGGCGCUGAUGCUGGAAAAAAGGCAACAAAGGCCAAGCCAAAGUUCGCCACACUAAACGACAUGUCGAAAGAGCCCUCGGACGACGAGGAGCAUCAGGCAUUCUAUGCGGGGGGCUCGGACCGCUCUGGCCAACAGGUAUUGGGCCCACCCAAACGCAAGAACUUUCGCGAACAACUUUCCGAUAUGAUGCGCUCAGCUCAGGAGCAGAACGUAGGCGAUCUUGGUCCUUCGACCAGCAGUGGCUCCUCUGGAGGCGCUGGUAGCGGCAACGUUUGGGGCCAGGGAAUGCGACUGGGCAUGACCGAUAGCGAUCACACAGCCGUGGGCAUAAAUCGUGCGACAGAGACGUCGGGCAACAAACCGGUAGUGGUACUUAAACUUUGGAGCCAGGGUUUCUCCAUCGAUGGGGGAGAACUGCGUCACUACGAUGAUCCAGAGAACAAAGAAUUCCUAGAGACUGUCAUGCGCGGGGAAAUACCUCAGGAGUUGCUGGAAAUGGGCCGCAUGGUCAACGUCGAUGUAGAGGAUCACAGACAUGAGGACUUCAAGCGCCAGGCAGCACCUCAGACAUUCAAAGGAUCCGGGCAGAAGCUCGGUAGCCCCGUGACAAAUGUUGUCACCACAAAAGCCCCUGCCGUCGCUGCGGCCGCUGCAGCCGUGCCUCCCGGCGAAGCCGCCCAACAAGAGGCCAACGCUCGUGAUGCUAUCAAUUUGAACUCGGAAGCUCCAUCGACCACACUGCAGAUACGUCUUGCCGACGGCUCCCGCCUGGCUGCGCAGUUCAAUUUGACACACACCGUCUCGGACAUCCGUCGAUUCAUACAAACAGCUCGUCCACAGUACUCGGCCAGCAAUUUCACCCUGGUCUCUUCGUUCCCAACACGCGAGUUGAGCGAUGAUAGCUCCACCAUCGAGAAGGCUGGCCUCAAAAAUGCCGCGCUCAUGCAACGUCUCAAGUAGAAUCCUAAGUGGAAUACCAAAGCUACGUUUUCCUCGUGGGGAGCAUUUGGCUUAUAAAAUUAACGGUGAAGUUAUUGCGGAUUCAGUGUGUAUAAUUAUCUAUUAUAUAUCCAAUAUGUAUA